AUGGCAGGAAAUAGCCGGUCAUCAUCACCAAAUUCACAACUUCUUAUACAACAAAACGAAAUACAAAAUAAUCCUGAACAACAAUCUUCCGAUUCGAGUACGAUGGCAGAUUUUACAACAAAUACGCCUUUACCAACAAGUACUUCAAACUUGAACUCGGUUUCAAACACAAAGGAAACAGUAGAAGGUUAUAAUACUUUUCCUGGACCGAGAUCUUCCACUCUUCGCCCAACCACCUUAAGGAAGCAAAGGUCACGUAGGCCAUCUUUUCAGUCCGAUCAAGUAACUCCUGACAUGCGUCCCGUUUUGCAUCUUUUUGAUGUUUUUUCGCAAAAAAUUUAUAUAGAAGGUUAUUUAUGUAAACAAGAGAUCAAUAGUUCUAAUAAUGACUGGAUAGAGUAUUACGUGGAAUUAUGUGGUCCUUUCUUAAGUUUUUGGAAAACAGUGAACGAUCCUGAUUCUGAAAUAACAAGAGUGUCUCAAACUCCCUCCGUAAUAAAUAUAUCUAAUUCUUCAAUAGAUUUAUCACAAGAUAAUUGUAUGAAUCAACGGAUGCAUGUUUUUUUUCUUGAUUCCGGCCAGGGAGAAAAAUCCUAUUUACAAACUUCGGAUGAUAAAACUUUAAAUUUAUGGGUUAAUGCAAUUCGUUUAUCUUGUUUUGAAGGUUCAAGAUUACAAGAAGUUUACACAGCAACUCUAAUAAGACGUCCUGGACUAAAAGAUUUUGGUAAUGGAACUGUAUUAAUGAAGGGUAAGCUAGAAGGUUAUCUUCAAGUUCAAUUUUCUGGUAACCUUGAAUCUAAAAAAUAUUGGGUCGUGGUAGCGGAUCACCGUGCUGAGGAAAAAAAGAAAAAAGAUUUAGCAUUUACUAGAGGACAAGCUUUAUUUUAUGAAACAAAAAGAUCAAAAAAGCCUUUCAUGACUGUAGCAAACGUUCUUCAAACUUACGCUAUUUAUCCUGAAAGUCCCUCCCUUAUAGAAAAAACAGUUACUUUUCGUGUUGAAGGCACUCUGUUUCUUACAAAGCCAACUGAAAAUAAACCUGGUGAUUUUGCCAUUUUAACAACAGACUCACUUAAUGAAAUGACAAAAUGGCUUUUUGGCUUUUUUGAUAGUUUUAAAUUAUAUGGUCGACCAAAAGAAUUAUUAUAUGAUUUUAAAGAUCCAAUUUCUCCCUUUUUUGCUGUACCAACUGGCAGGAAUAACACAAAGUUAUUUUUAGAUCUUAAUGAAAUAGAACAUGUUGAAGUUCGUGAAUCGUUAGCGGAUGUGAAAGCUGCGUUUGCUGAAAUUUUACGUCAAUCUUAUAAUUUACAAUCACCUGAUAAUUCUCAACAACUACUUACAAGUGUAAAUCAGCAAAAAAAUUUAAGUAUACAAAUUCUUCCUCAGAUUGUGACUGAUGGUUUAUCAGAUGAUUAUGUUCGUCAAAGGGCAAUUUCAGGUGAAUCUACUACUUCAUCAACAAGUUCAAUUUCCCCUACUACAUUGAGACCUGUAAGUCAAUCCUCACGUCCUAAUUCCAUGACCGGAGGUUCUCAAAAAGGUUCAAUUCCGACUUCGCCCAUAUCACCACAUUCACCUUUAGCUCCUAACAUUAUGUCAUCACAAGAACAGUCGAAAAAACGAAGUAAAAAGCCAGCUAAACAAUUAGCUAGUAGCGAUGAAUCAGAAGAUCAACAAGAAGAUAAUAAUUCACCAAUUGAAAGUGAAAAUUCAGAUGAUGAAAACGAUGACCCAACACUCUUAAAAAAUACACAAGAAAAUGCAAAAAUUUUAGAAAAAAUUAAAACAGAUGAGCAAAUUAACUUUGGAAGUAGCCUUGGAACAUUUGAAGACACUGACCUUAUGUCCGAAAUUAUGACUGCUGUUGCUGUGCGUGAAGAUGAACCUGUUACAGGAGAUGCGUCAACCAAACCUAAAAGGAGAGUUUCAUUUAAAAAUCAACCCGCAAAGCAGAAAGGUAAAAAUAAGCAAAGACUUGCCCCACUUCCAUCUGAUAGUGAAGAUAGUUAUGAGAGUGAAGGAGAAUCUUCAAUGACCAAGAGUGAUGAAAAUAAUAGUGAUGAAGACAGUAGCGAAGAUUCUAGUCUGAAGAAUAAAAAUGUUAUUGCUAAACCUGGUCAUAAAGGAAACAAUAAGAAGACGAAAACAAGAAUUGUGCCUCAACCAUCCGACAGUAGUGAUGAUAAUGAAGAAUUAAACGAUGAUGAUAAAAAAUUUGGCGCACAACCUCAACCAAGACCAUAUCGACAAUCACCUCCUUAUGGGUCUGUAUUAAAACAGCCUCGAGUUAAUAUUAUUCCACAAGUUCAACAACAUUUAUAUCCUCAAGGAAGUUUUGAAAACGAUGUCAAUGACAAUAUUCCAUUAGGAAGAAAUCCUGUGCGUAAUCGUAACAUACUUACUAGUGAAAACGUAGCUGAUGAAUUUCGUAAAGGAGAUAAUCAACAAGAUGAUUAUCAAUUUGAAAUGUCUACGGUAGGUCUAGACAUAGAUUUUAGUGCGAUAAAUUUCGAUAUUGCUACGAAUGAACCUGCGAAUAAUACAAUAGAAAUCGUUAAUAAGAGCAAGAAAGGAAAAAAAACAGGAAAGGUAUUCAAGCCAACAAAACAAAAAGACAAACCAAAGAAUGCAACGAGGCAGAAUAGAUCGAGUGAUAUCAGUAGCGAUGAAUCUGAAACCAAAUCAACGACAUCAGAAGAAGAACCAUUGGCUGCAUUAGUCGAAGAAGGAGUUGGAUUUAACGCUAAUUUUGGUAGACAAAACAUAACACCUAGGUCAAUAUCUCCAAAUUACCUACCUAAUCAAAGAUGGGGGGGACCACCAAUACCAGGCGAUUAUGUGGAAAAUUUCGGUUAUCCACCGAUAGAUAAUAGACGUAGUGUAAUGACACCACUCAUUCGGGGUGGCGAAUAUUACGAUGAAGAUUAUGUUGGGGGGCGACCCAGGUCAAUGAUAAAUCCUGGACCUAUGAUGGCAGGUCGAAGACGUGUUAGUAGUGGACAAAUAGAUUAUACACGAGAAUCCUUAUAUUUAGAUGAUAGUUAUGAUGAUCGGGGUCAAUUUCAGACACCAAGCCAUUUUCGACCAAUUAGUUUAAUAGAUUCAAGACCACCAUCUCAACAAUUAUCAGCUCGUGAACAAGAAUUUCUCGCUCGGGAGACAGGGGCACCCUUGAUUAAUUUACAAGAGAGACAAAAGGAUCCACAAACCGGAUUAGUUGGAGCCAUUACUGCAAGAGAAAAUCAAAGAAGAGCAAAGGCUAUGAUGGUGGAAAGAGAAAGAGAGUUUUUAUAUAAUCGACAGUCUUAUACUGGACUUCCAGUGGGUGUAGAUCCAAGAUCAAGUAGAUUUCUUGGAAGUCAACAAUAUUUGGAACCAAUACCUGGACAAAGAGGUUCUUAUCAUGAAAAUUAUGUGCCAUAUAUACAAUCAGAUGAUGAAGACGACGAUGUUCCUUUGGCUGUUGGUAAUUCCAUUCCACCAACAAUACCGCCGACACAAUCAAGACAACCACGUGCUAUGAGGAAUCGACGUCUAGAUCCUGAAUAA